AAUAGUGAGACAUUGAGCUUCCAACAUGCAGCAAUGGUUGCGGAUUUAACGAGUUUUGAUCGAGCCAGAAAGAAAAUAAUAAAGGGGGUCUGUCGUCCGCACGCUCUAAGGGGGUGAAAGACAAGUACCCAAGUGAAAAGUGUGUUCUGUUCAUGUGACAUUUGUUGAGGUGGAGUGUGGUGAGAGUGUCUGGAAGUAGGCCAUGCUUCCCACCAUCUUUUGCCUUAAAUGAGAAAACAUCGUUCCUAACUCCUUAAUUACUUAACUUCCUUCAUCUUCCCACACUUUCCAAGGUAAACCCCACAAGCCCACAACAACAACUCCUUUCUAUCUUCUUCAUCUCUUUCUUUGUUUCUGUCUUUUUUAACCAGGCUGCAAUUUUUGGGCCUGUUUGGGGUCAUUAGCUUGGUGGGAUUUCUUUGAUUUUGUUGAUGAAAAAUGGGGACUGAAAAGAAAGUUGUGUCUGGGGAACAUGAAGUGGGAGGUGCUGCAAGCCAAGGAACAGUUUCUGUUCCUGUUCAACAGGUUGAAGAUUCAACGGGAAUAACUGAGGAAACAACCCAUGCUCAUCAUUGGAAGCGAAGCAAUCUCAUUCUAGAGAUACCCUCAAGAACUUUGGAAGACUCCUCUCAAGAGUCUGUCGUAAUAAAGAUGCCCCCAGCACCUAGUCUGACUCCCAGGAAAGUGAAUUUUCUCUUGACUCCUAGUCCAUCUGAUGCAAGAAUUAGUGGGUCCCCAGGUCCCUCCUCAUCUAGAGGCAAAUCAUCCUUGAAGAGUCUCUUACCAAAACUAAGCUUCAAGCAUAGAAGUAUUAAUUUGGAUAUUGAGAAGGCUGCAAACUUUGCUCCAGAAUCUUCUUCUACUUCACUAAGAGAGAAGCCUUCCAUCUCAAGGACAUUGUCACUUACAAAGAUAUUUACUCCUCGGAUAAAUAGGACAUCGUCACUACCUGUAACUCAUAUUGCACAAUCAAACUUGGAGUCUGCAGGCAGUGGAAGCCUAGGCAGCUCUGUAAAUUCUAGUAGGAAGGGAAACGUGCUGCAGAUAUCUCGCUCACUUUCAGUCCCUGUAAACGACAAAGAAGGAAACUUAAGGAGAAUGGAUUCAUUUUUUCGUGUGGUUCCCUCAACUCCACAAGUAAAAGAAGGAGAGAUAAGUUCAAGUGCUUCUUUGGGACCUGAUGAUGAAAACAGUGACCCUGAUGGGGAGGACAUACCUGAAGAAGAGGCUGUUUGUAGAAUUUGUAUGGUUGAAUUAUGUGAAGGAGGUGAAACACUUAAGAUGGAAUGCAGCUGCAAAGGUGAACUAGCUUUGGCCCACAAAGACUGUGCUGUGAAAUGGUUUACCAUCAAAGGCAACAAGACCUGUGAUGUGUGCAAGCAAGAGGUUCAAAACCUACCUGUCACUCUUUUACGAAUCCAAAGUAUGCGAGCUCGAAAUGCUGGAACAAGUAGAGGUCUUCAGGCUGAUGUUCAUGGAUACAGGAUUUGGCAGGAGGUCCCUGUUCUUGUUAUUGUCAGCAUGCUUGCAUAUUUUUGUUUUCUUGAGCAACUUCUGGUUGGAAAAAUGGGCACUGGAGCAAUUGCUAUAUCUCUUCCAUUUUCUUGUGUGCUAGGCCUCCUUUCAUCCAUGACUUCAUCAACAAUGGUGAAUCGAAGAUUUGUCUGGGUUUACGCAUCAAUUCAAUUUGCUUUGGUGGUUUUCUUUGCUCAUAUAUUUUAUUCUUUGGUUAAAGUGCAAGCAAUUCUAUCAAUUCUCCUUGCAACAUUUUCUGGAUUUGGUGUUGCGAUGAGUGGGAGUUCUAUCGUUGUCGAGAUCCUACGAUGGCGAAGACGAUGGCAGGCCUGGUCAGAGGAGCAGCAUCACAGUUCCCAACUGUUGACUCGACCACCAGUCCAAUCCCCUAGAGCUGUUAAUUCACCUCGGAGAGGUCCUAAUGUAAACCAGCAGAACGCCGGCAGCUGAACUGAUCUCUUUACUUGGUUAGCCCCAACACGCAGGCUCUCUCAGACGAACACUAUGUAAUUUAUCCAUAGAUGAAGCAUCUUUUGCUUCUGUAAUAUAAAUCAAAUAGGCUCUCUCAUGCAUUCCUCCAUCAAAAACCACAGACCAACUACCUUACAAACCCCAUGUUAGUCUCUCAGGUUUGAUCUUUUCUAAAGACAACCAUGAACCAGGUUGUAAUGUGCUUGGCAGAAAGGUAUAGAAAUAAUACAUUUUGGCAUUGUUUGAAUUCAGUUACUUCCUUUUCCAAGGCUGUGAAGAUGUACUAUGAAAGAGUUUGUUUUGUAUCAAACAAAGGAAUGAAGAAUGCAAGAAAUGGUGGGUUCAUUA